ACACACUAAACAGACGGGCGGCGGAUCUAAUGCCGCGGAGGAUUCCUCACGCCUAAAAGACGGAUAAAGACUAAUGGACUGCGCGUCCUAAUAGUUCUGAAAGAAAGAGAAUCUGCAGAUGGUCGUUUUACUUCACUUUCUUGUUGAAUAACGUCUGGUUGGAAUUCACAGCUGCUGCUGCUGGAGACAGAACCGUUUUAGACCUGUUUCCUUUCCCUGAGAGCUUGGAAGAUUUACGUUGGCAUCGUUUCUGUGCUCUGAGCAUCUUUGAUUCCUGCUGCCAACCGGCUUUCAUCUAAACACCGCCUGAAUUGUAUUUGGACAGGGAGAGGCGUACCCGCGAGAAGGAAUUUGCUUGUUUACGCGCGUUCACAGUCGUAAACAAAAGCAAAAGUACCAAACAAUCCCUGACCUGUCCCAUCAUAGGCUUUAUUUAUUUUUUAAAGAGUGGAACAAGUGCCUGAAGUACUGCCACCCGAGGAAGGAUUUCUAUUCAUCACAGCAGCAUCCAUCUACAGUGCACUAAUAUUUCCGGACGACGUGAUGGUACCGUCACUCCCUCUGGAUUAAAGUUGGCUCUGUAAAGGUUAGCACUUUACCCAUCACUAUGGUGGUCUUUAAUGGCUUGCUGAAGAUAAAAGUCUGUAAGGCUUUGGACCUGAAGCCCACAGCAUGGUCAUUACGCCAUGCCGUUGGCCCUAAGACUGGGACCUUUCUCCUGGACACAUAUAUUGCCCUAAAUGUGGACGAUUCUCGUGUGGGCCAGACCUCAACCAAGCAGAAGACCAACAGCCCAGCAUGGAAUGAUGAGUUCGUUACAGAGGUGAACGAUGGCAAGAAGAUUGAGCUUUCUGUUUUCCAUGACGCACCGAUCGGCUAUGAUGACUUUGUGGCCAACUGUACCAUCCAGUUUGAAGACCUGCUGCAGAAUGGCAGUAGACACUUUGAGGACUGGAUCGACCUGGAGCCUGAGGGUAAAGUCUACGUCAUAAUUGACCUCUCAGGAUCCUCUAGUGAAGCUGCAGCCUCUGGUGAAAAUGAAGAACGGGUGUUUCGUGAGCGCAUGCGACCUCGAAAGCGUCAGGGCGCUGUGCGCAGACGCGUCCAUCAGGUUAACGGGCACAAGUUUAUGGCCACUUACUUGAGACAGCCCACGUAUUGUUCCCACUGUAGAGAUUUCAUCUGGGGUGUGUUAGGAAAACAAGGAUACCAGUGUCAAGUUUGUACCUGUGUCGUUCAUAAACGAUGUCACGAGCUCAUCAUCACCAAGUGUCCUGGGUCAAAGAAGCAAGAUGACACUCCAGAAGAGGUGGGCUCACAGCGCUUUAGUGUAAACAUGCCCCACAAGUUCAGUAUUCACAACUAUAAAGUACCGACCUUCUGCGACCAUUGUGGCUCUCUACUGUGGGGGCUGAUGCGGCAAGGACUACAAUGCAAAGUUUGUAAAAUGAAUGUACACCGGCGUUGUGAGACCAAUGUAGCUCCUAAUUGUGGAGUGGAUGCUAGAGGGAUUGCCAAAGUUCUGUCUGAUCUUGGAGUGACGCCAGACAAGAUCUCCAACAGCACCCAGCGCAGGAAAAAGUUGACUCCAGGGCAGGAUGCCCAAGCUGCCACUUCAGAAGGAACCUCAUCAGAGGAAUCUGAUCGAUGCAAAUCAGCUCCUACAUCACCCUGUGAGCAGGAGCUGGCGGAGCUUGAAAGCAUUCGUAAGGCUUUGUCGUUUGGUCAGGAACACAAGUCUUCCUCUUCCCCUAUGGCCACUGGGCUGCAGGGAUCAGUGGGUGAGGGGCAUGAGAACGGAGAUGUAAAGAACGCCCAGUCGAAGAGGAUGAGCUUGGAAAACUUCUCCUUUAUCAAAGUCCUGGGAAAGGGUAGUUUUGGCAAGGUGAUGCUUGCAGAACUGAAAGGAACAGAUGAGGUUUAUGCUGUGAAGGUACUAAAGAAAGACGUCAUCCUGCAGGACGAUGAUGUUGACUGCACUUUGACUGAAAAACGCAUAUUGGCUUUGGCCAGAAAACAUCCCUACCUGACCCAGCUCUUCUGCUGCUUCCAGACCAAGGAUCGGUUAUUCUUUGUUAUGGAAUAUGUGAAUGGCGGAGAUCUGAUGUUCCAAAUCCAGCGCUCAAGAAAGUUUGAUGAGCCUCGUUCACGUUUUUAUGCUGCUGAAGUCACAUCUGCCCUCAUGUUUCUGCACCAACAUGGAGUUAUCUAUAGGGACCUGAAGCUUGAUAACAUUCUGCUGGAUGCUGAGGGCCACUGCAAGCUGGCAGACUUUGGGAUGUGCAAGGAGGGCAUCCUAAAUGGUGUCACCACCACUACCUUCUGUGGUACUCCAGACUACAUUGCCCCUGAGAUUCUUCAGGAGCUAGAGUAUGGCCCAUCAGUAGACUGGUGGGCACUGGGUGUGCUGAUGUACGAGAUGAUGGCAGGGCAGCCACCAUUCGAGGCUGACAACGAGGACGAUCUGUUUGAGUCUAUUCUGCACGAUGACGUGCUGUACCCAGUUUGGCUCAGUAAAGAGGCUGUGAGCAUCCUUAAAGCAUUUAUGACGAAGAGCCCCAAUAAACGGCUGGGCUGUGUGGUGUCUCAGGGACUGGAGGAGGCCAUUAAAGCUCAUCCCUUCUUUCGUGAGAUAGACUGGGUCCUGCUGGAGCAGAGGAAGAUCAAACCGCCAUUCAAACCACGCAUUAAAACCAAGAGGGACGUGAAUAACUUUGACCAGGAUUUUACACGUGAGGACCCUGUUCUUACCCCUGUGGAUGAUGCCAUUAUUAAGCAGAUUAACCAGGAGGAGUUCAAGGGCUUUUCCUAUUUCGGAGAAGAGGCACUGAAUUAACUAUUAGCACCUAUACAGGCAGAAAACAAAACACACCCAAGUUUCCACACAAACAUUUCUAGUGUGAAUUGUGGACAGUGCUAAUAUUGAAGUAGCCUGAGGUGGUGGCUGUAAUUGUGGUGAAAAGUCAGCAGUGUACGUCUAAAUUUACUACUGCUUAAAUUUUUUUUCCUACUGCGAAUUUUCUCCAAAAAAAACUUCCUCUUGCAUACUUUCACUUCAGCUUCUUUUCAUUCCACUGCCACAGUGAUGUUGUGAUAAAAGUACUUUCCAAACCGCUUAAUGUCCUUUCGUUGAAGGGCCGGGAAUGCACUAUAUGGAACCAAAUUUGUUAAAACCAAUGAUUGUAGUAGCAUUAGCAAUCAGAUAUUUGUGUAAAAGUUAUGUUAAAAAGGAAAAAAUGAGGCCGUGCAUUAAUGACAAUGAAACGUGUUGUGCUGUGCAGUAAAUUACCUUUGUGUAUUCAGGUGAGAAUAUGGGAGCAAUUUUAUAAUAUAUAAAAAAUAUAUAUAAAAAAUCCGGAAUAUUUCCUCCUAGUGUUAUAAUGGUCCGUAAAGAAUGGUGGGCUACUGUGAAUGCUGAUGUGAAUGUUGAUUAUUAGAAGUGCAUGUGUUUGCAUGAGUGAGUACAUAUGGUGUUUUAUUUCAUUCCCUUCUUUAACAUUCGUUCUCUUUUAUUAGCUGCUAUGUGUUUUGCAAUCUGCCACUAUGCAAAAGCAGACAUAGAGGCAAAUUCCUGUAGCGCUGUUUCCCCUAGCAUAAUGUACAUAAUAUGUUCUCCAAAGCCUGUGAACGCUUCAAUUACAGUGAACAACUGUUGCAUGAUCUGGCAAAUUAUGAUAUUGAGUACCAAUCUAUGGAGAGAAACAAGUUUGGAAAAUACAUGUGCAAUACACUGAACAUUAUUUCCUAUUUAGGCAUAUUCUGUGUUAUUAUUGGUAUUCUUUUGUUGUUUUGCUUGUGUUGUCUGUUUACUGUCAGUCACCCCUGCUGAUGUUAAAUUCAGAUGAUUGUUCGAUGGGUCAGAAAGCUAAGAGGAUGUUGACUUAACAAGUAUUUCUAUCUUUCUCACUUUUCCUUCAUUUCUCUAUACCACUUGUGUACAGACUUUUGAAUGCAGUGGAAUGAAUGUGUGCUCAUAUUUAUUUUUGUACAGUGUACAGUUACCCAUUUACUGAGUAUGUUUACAUGCAAAAAUAACUCAAUUAUUGUGGCAUAUGUAGCUCUCUCAAACUGUAUUAAGUCUUGUUUAGGAGUUUCGCACUUUUCAAGAUAUUUAGCAUCGUAAUUAGGUUAUCUAGUGCAAACCCUACACUUUAAUAGGUAAUAAACUACACAGAACCAUGUAAUAAAUGCUAGGCCUUUGUUGCUAGACAGUUGUCCCCUUACCAUUAAAGGUAUUUUACUGAUGUGUAUAGAAUUGAAUGAAAUAUAUGACAAAAAAAAUCAGUAAGUAUUUAUUGAUGCCAGCAAUUCUGAGGAGCUGACAAUUUUCAGCUUUAAUUAAACAAACAGUUCUCUUGACCAGCUGUCCAUGUGCACUGUUAUUCAACCCCUAGCCUCAGUACUCAGAACAUCCUUUUGCUUUAAUAACCUUUAAUAAGCAAUUUUGGCAAGUGCUAGCAAGCUUCUGACCUCUCUUGUGCAAUUUCUGCUCAUUAUUUUUGCAAAAACUUUCAGCUCAUUAAGGUUUAAUGGCUUUCAUGCUACAACUGCUUUCUCUUAAUCCCACCAAACAUUUUCUAUGGGAUUUAAAUCUGGGGACUAAAAAGACCACUUACGGAUAAUACAGGACUGAUUCUUUAACCAAGCCUUGGUUGACUUGGAAGUGUUCUUGGGUUCAUUGUCAUGCUGGAAAGUCCAAUAAUCACCAUGGUUCAAUUUCACCACAGAGGACAUAACAUUUCUCCUAAAACGCCUUGAUAUUUCUGUGAAUAUGUCAGUUCCUGAAGAAGAUCAAGAUCCCCUCAUCAUGGCUGACCCACCUCCAUGCUUGAAUGUAGCGAUAGUAUUGUUCUGGUUAUAAGCCAAGCCUUUCUUGCGCCGGACAAACCACUGAUCCAUAUGGCCAAACAGUUCCAGUUUUUAUUCACUUCAUUAAACUGUGUCCCAGAACCCUGCAGGUCUAUUCAAAUUCCUCCUGGUGUAUUUCAGUCAACCUUUUCUGUGCUUCUUGGUCAGGAGUUCAUUGUGGAGUUUGGACAUGAAGUCCUUGGAAGUGAUCUUCCUAUGGUUGCCACUGACACAUUUUCCCAGCCUUCAGUCUUUUGCAGCAACAUUGAUUUUUUUUCUUUGUUGUCCUGAUGAGAUUGCCAAGGCCUCUGGACAAAAUGUUGGGCUUUCUCCCACAGCCAGGCUGGUUUGCUGCUGCAUCAACUUCUAGACAAUAUAAUCUUAUACUUAUUAUGUCCCCUCUCAGCUUUUGUGACAGCUCCUUAGUUUUCACUAUGGUUAUAAAACACCAUAAACACAUCUCUGGGUGUGGCAAAUUAAAAGUUACUUUUGAGUCCCAAUUAUGUUGUAACUCAACUUUAGGACAUACAGAGUAGCAGGAUGUUUUAUGAUUAGCAUUAUUAUGUAGGGGUUGAAUAACUGAGGCAUGGCAGUAUGAACAAAAUAUUCUGCUACCUUUGUCCUUUGACUGCAUCAGACACGCAGCACAGAUGAAAAAUUGUCCCUAUUCUUACAUUGUAGUAAAUGGUCAUUAACUGUAUAUGUAGAGAUUUCAACAGAUUUCUAGUAAAAUAUUUUUUAGCUUUUUUCAUAUUUGUUAGGUUAGUUAGUGAGUUUAUACCUGUCAUGAAACUUAUUUCUGUGCAUGUGCAUUUAAAAGCUGUUUUAAACUACUACUACCACCACUAUUUUAUACCAUGUAGUCUGUAAUACAUGAAAAAGUAGUACAUAUUUUUGACAAUUGCUGGCAAUUAGUGCAGUAUUAUGAAGUUUGAAUCACACUCCUGCCUCUGCCUUGGUUAAAACAGAGAGCAUAGGGAACACAAAACUAUAAAAUAGAUUUUUAAAAGCUGUGUAAUAAUCUACACAAAAACAUAUCAGGAAAUGAAAUCUGAUUUUUAAAAAGUUGGGACAUUUUGUAGAAUGUAAUUAAAACGAGUAUUUUUCAAUUGUUAAUCCUCUUGAACACUAACAGUUACUACAAAAAAUACAAAGAAAUGACUUUUAAUGUUUUGGCUGAGCGACUUCAUUGUAUUUUGUAUUUAAAAAGUGUUUUCUGCAACACACUCAAAAAUAGCAGUGAAAACUGUAUAGAAUAUUCAAGCUAAACCAUUUUGAAACAUUCCACAGUAAGCAGGUGAAUUAGUAACAGGUGAGGGUAUUAUGACUGGGUGUUAAUUCAUCAAAACUCUCACUUAAACAUUAACCAUGGCUCAUCACUUUUUGAGUUAGUUCAAAAAGAGUAAAUAAUGUAUGUCUUUUACCAUAUACUUUACUUAAUAUUAUGAAAAGAUUUAGCGAAUAUGGAGAAAUCUCAGUAUGUGUAAGGCAAGGCCAGAAACCAUUAAUAUAGGUAAAGUACAAAUACAAUCUAAACAUUUAUGCCCAGGGAAAGCUAGACAUCCAUUAUAUGCAGAAACGCAGCCAGGUUUUCUGAACUUAAGCUAAUCUCAAAUGGACCAAAUAACAGUGAAAUGUGUACACUAGUCAGAUAAAAACAUGUCUUACGUUGUUUUUGGGGAAAACAGACAUCAAGUUAACUUGCCAAAGACUAAAGGGACCAUCGAAACUGCUAUCAGUGAAAGAAACCUUUGUCAUGAAAUAGGGGUGCAUUAGUACCCACGGCAUGGGUGAUUGGCAUAUGUAUGAAGGGCCAUGAUACUGAGGCAUAUAUAGGAGUUUCAGAGAGACAUAUACCAGAAAAAGUUUAAGGCACGCAUGCAGUACAACAGAUAGGCUUCAUAGACAUAGUGUGAGUGUUGUUGACUGGCCUGCAUGCGGUCCAGAUCUGUCUCAUAUUGAAAAUGUAUGGUGUAUCAUGAAGAGGACAAUCAUACUUUGGUAAGCACAGACUGUUAAGCAACUGAGUUCUUGGAUCAAGCAAGAAUGAGCAAAAAAAACACCUACAAAACUGCAACAGUUGAUAUCCUUAAAAGUGUAUUUAAUCGUUUAGCUGAUGUUACAGUGGUAAACUUAACAUCUAUCCCAACAUUUUUUGGUGUGUUGCAGUUGUUCAGUGAAAACACUGGCAGUCUUUUCUUUGUACUUUUGUCAGUUAAAUGAAGUGUCAAGAAAAUUAGCAAAUUAAAGAUUCUUGUUUUUAUUGCAUUUCAAAAAUCUUUCAUGGACAUGCAGUUUGUAGACCUAAUUAUUUGAACCUGCUGUUAAUAUAUUUUCCAAAAUCAUUUUUUACUAUAAUGUGAUUACUCUGUGCUUAUACACAUACAAACUGUGUUAAUCUGUAUUUUAUUUCCUGCUGUGCUUUCUGUGUCUGCAUGUUUUUAACAAUUAACUCUUGCUACUAAGCUCCAUAUUUGCUCUGUAUAUUUUUAUCCCAGUCCAUCUUGUACAUUUAUUGGUGGCAUCAGUUAUUUAUAAAAUGUUAACAAAGGCGGAGAGGUCAGUAAGAGAAACAGGGUACAUUUCAGGCGCACUAAUUAAUCCUUACUGGAAUGUGUUGUGUUUGCUUGAACAACUCAGUGGAAAUUUGACAAAUCUUAGAGUUUUAUUUUAGAAGUGGUUCGUUAAUUAAUUCUUUAAUUUCCCUUUGUUUUAAGUGUAUUAUUUUAAACAGCAAAUGUUAAUUAUGUUGAAUAAUUUGUGACUCUGUGAUUUCUGUGUCUGUCUUAUGCCAAACGGCUUCUUUCCAUUUUGCAUUGUUUUCUUUCCACUUUUCCCUCAUUUUUUUUUUUUUUUUAUUACUGUAAAUGAAUUCAUUUGUUAUGUAGGCAUCCACAAUGGUCCGUCUUUAAAUUAAAUAUGAAUUCUUACCUCCUAAAUUAAGUGCAAAGGUUUGUCUGGCUGAAAAUUAAAUAUUUGUGCAUACAGUAUUACAAUACAUAUAUGUUUUAUAAUGUAUAAUAGUGCUGUAUGUGGUAUACAUCUUGUAUUAGACUUUGUUUGGUGAAGCAUUGUGCACAAAAGUGUUUUUUUUUUUCUGAAUACACUAGUGCUCUCAUUGUAAUUAUUUUAUUAUGUGCCAAACGUACUGUAAUCAAAAGGAUGUGAAUGUGUUUGGUUUUCUUUUUGAUCCUAUUAAAUACUAAGAUAUCCAAAA